AUGGCCGCCGCCCCCACCGGCCUCUUCUCCGGCGUCUGGUCUCGCCUCCAUGCCGCGGCAUACCUCUGGCGACGCCGGGGACAGCUCCCCGGCGGCGAUGACAGAGACGGGGUGGGUGAGGAAGAGCAGGACGAGGCGGCGGCCGUGCGAUCGCGCUUGGCCAGGAGGGCGGCGACGGCGAGGCGCCUCGGGAGGAAGCUCGCCUUCGUCUCCUUCAACCUCGAGGUGCUGGUAUUCGUGUAUGCGUUCUGGAGGGCGAGAAGACGGAGCUUCACUUGGAGGCUACCCGCCCAAGCGCUGCCGAUGCUCCUGAUCCCCGCUCUAGCUACACUCAUCUACGCUGCCUUCGUGCGAUUCACCAGGAUGCUUGACCUCAAGGACAAGAAAAGGCUUGAACGGCUUCAACAGGACAAGCAGCAAACUGAUGCUGAACCAAGGGAGUUUGACCAGAACGACCAAAACGAUGUCCAGAACUGCGAUGGUGUGGACGAUGCUACCGAUUCUAUUGUUGCAACUGAUUCAGUGCCACACACACCUAAACUUGGGAAACACAGCAAGUCGAGCAUUAGCCAGAGAGAUGACAGUGAAAUUGAUAUGGCUUGGGGUCAUAGUAAUGACUUCCAGCCAGCGCCCUCAGGUGGACUUAGGCUGAGAAGAUUUUCAAGUGCAAAAACAUGCAUGACCAAUAGCAGUGCUACAGAAAGAAGUGAGGAAAACACGUCAUCUAUCUCUGCACAUUCACAUCAGCAUGUCCAUAUCCUUAUUUCCACUGAAGAUAAUGUUUCAUAUCCUUCUGACAAUCAAUCAAGAUCUGCUAUGUCUAGCAUGCUUGCUCAACCUGCAAAUGUCCCUCAAGAAUUACCUGCAGGAGGUGGUGAGAAUGAAAAGUUCGAUGGAUUGUGGGACAUCACUGGCACUUGUUCCAGUUACAGCAAGGAGAAUAGGUUGUCUCCAGCAGGUCCUCAUAAUAGUUUUUGUGACAGAGACGAUUCACGCUCAAGUGGGCAUGCAGUUUCAUACUUGUCAACUGCGUUCCAGGAAUUGCUUGUCAAAGGUGUCGAGGAGAAAGCAUCGCCUGAACCACACACAUCAGCUAUGCUACAGCUGUGUUCUUCCACUUCAGAGGAGAACCCAACUUCGUGUGUAGCCGAUGACAAGGAACUCAUAAUUAUCUCUGAUGUGGAGACAUGUCUUCUGCCACCCAUCUGUAGUAAUGUCCAUGACAAUGCAGCCAUUGUGAACAUUGAUACAGCCAGUCCUAAAUGGAACCUUCUUCUGCAGUUGUAUGGGGUCGAGCAUACAGGAUCGUCCAAAUUCCAUAUACCAGAGGAAAGUACUACACCCUCCAACUUAGAGGAGGUUUUAAUGUGCCCACCUUCAGUUAAUAGUAUCGAACGUUGCUUGGGGACUCCAGAGUUCUCUUUUUGCAGCCGAGAGACUGAAAAGCUGGAAGUUGCUGGAAAUGACAGCUUUACUGAUGAUAAUCCAGAGUUCAGCUUCGUAUCCUCUCCAGAGUUAGUUGUGGAGGGUGGUAAGGGUGCCACUGAGAAAGAAUUAUGUGAAGUGAAAACAAAUGAGGAAAAUGCUAUCAUCAAUAUGGAGGAGGAGGCUUUGCAAGACCCACUUAUAGAAACCAGUAGUACUAGUGCACAAUGCUUGGAAGCUUCAGAUGUCUAUUUAUGCAUUCAAGAUGCCAAGAUAAGGGAAGUUCCUGGAAUUACAAACUUUGUUACAGCCAAUUCUGAAUUAAUGUACCCGGCGUCCACAGAGUUACUUGCACAAGGUGAUGAGGACAUCAAGGAGGAUAAAACAUCCAACUUUCUCUUAAUGGAGCAGAACGAUGUACCUUCUAAUUUUGAAAAGGAACCUAUUCUGGAUUCACUUGUAGCUGAUACUGACCAACAUUUUCUGGUUACACCAUUAUAUAGUGAGGAGGUUGAGAUAACAGAGGUUCAUGAUGUUGUCAAGGAAGGUAUUUUUGAAUCAGAAGGCGAGAAAGCAUUUGACUAUCGGAAGCUUGUUGUCACCCCUUCAUAUGAUGAUAGUAACACUCCAAGUUUGAUAAGUGAUUCAAUGCCUGUGCAAUUCAUUCCAAAUACCGACAUAAAUGAAGCUCUUGAAGGUAGCCAGGAAACAUUUUCAGAGCCGCUACACCAAAGCACUCGCCAGUCUGAAGGAAUGUUCUUAUCUUCAGGGGAGAGCAAUAAUGACGAAGUCUAUUCAAGCAACUCAAAUUCAUAUGCCAAUGUGGUUGAAGACGAAGCGCCCUUGGUUGGCCAGGAAGGACUCUCUACGUUUCAAGAGGAGAUGCCGAUUACUUUUUCAGACAGUCCCAUCUUUCUGGAUGAAGUUAAAAGUGCAGCUAGUGUUGACAGUGAUGCAUCCAGUCCUGAAUUGAGCCUUCAAACAGACCUGCAUGGUGUGGGAGUUGAGGAGAAUGAAUCAUCCAAGUCCCAUGUACCGGAGGAAAUCAGAACACCCUUCAGUUUGGAGGAAGUUUUACUAUCCCCACGUGCAGUCAAUAAUGGAAGUCUAUUUAAGCAACUGAAAUUUAUUUGCCAAUCUGCGGGGACCCCAGAAUUCUCUUUAUGCAAUCAAGAGAGUGAGGAAGCGGAAGUUACUGGAAGUGUCAGCUUUAUUAAGGCCAGUCCUGAGAGCUUCUUAUCGUCUCCAGAGUUAGUCGCGGAGGGAGGUGAGGAUGCCAGAGAUAAAGAAACAGGCGGAAUGAACUCAGAGGGGGAGAAUGUGACACUAGUCAAUUUGGAGGAUGAAGCUUUGCAAGAGUUACUUGCAGAGGGUGGCAAGGACUUGAAGGAGCAUGGAACAUCUGACGUGCACUUACAUGAGCAGAAGGGCCUGUAUAUUAAUUUAGAGGAGCCUUUUCUGGAUCCACUUGUAGUUGAUACUGCUGAAGAUGCAUUAGUUACACCAGAACUUUUGAUGUGCAGUGAAGAGGUCAAGAUGACGGAAGUUCAUAGAGUUGUCAAGGAAGUUUUCUCUGAAGUAGAAGAUGAGGGAGCAUUUGACCAUCAAAAGCUUGUUCUCACCUCUCCAGAUUAUGAUGGUACCACCCAAAAUUUGAUAAGGAAUUCAAUAUCCGGCCAAUUCAUUCCUGAUGCCAGUGUAAAGGGAGCUUCUAAAGCUGGUCAGGAACCAUUGUCUGAGCCACCACAUGAAAGCACUUGUCAUUCUGAAGGAACAUUUUUAUCUUCAGGUGAGAUCAAUCAUGAUGAAGUAAAAGUCAAAGCACCAUUUGCUGGCCAGGAAGGACCUUCUAAGUCUGAAGAUGAAAUGGCUUUGACUCCUCUAGAUACUUCCAUCUUACUAGAUGAGGUUGCAAGCACAGAAAAUUUGACAGACAACUCUGGAUCUUCUCAAUCCAUCCCAAACAGCAAUCAGACUCAGUCUCUCCACGGUCAUGAACAAGCUCCAUCUGAAACAUCACAGGAAGAAGUUACUUCUCUUCUCGAGGGAAGUCACACAUCUUCAGAUGAAGGCAUAAACUCUGAAAUAUUUUCGCUCUAUUCCAGGUCAUCUUCAUGUGUUUCAGAGAUCAACAUGUUGGAAACUCUCAGAGGUGGCACAUCUUCUGAAUCCCCAAGUGGCCGUGAUUCAAGCUUUGGUGAGAGGAACCCUGUGACAUUUUCCAACAUGGAUAGUACAGAAAGUAAUACAAAUGACCCAGUGACUGCUGAAUUUAUUCUAGAGACCAACAUGACUGAAACUCUUAAUGCUGCUGAGGAAUCAAUUAUUGGUUCACCACAUGCAGAUUCUUCAAACUUUCUGGGCACUUUUGUAGCUCCAGAUGUAAUCAAUGACAUGACAGAAUCGGAUAAACACUUGGACUUGUUGUCCUCUUCAUUUGCUCCAGUGAUUGAUGCAUUUGAAUCAUUGGAAACUGGCCAGGGUUUCUCUGAGCUGCAAUCUGAAAUUGGUUUUACUGUUCAGGAGACUUUGAUGUUUCCUAAGGAGGUAAACAAUGCCGAAAAUUAUUUUACUGAUACAAUUGGUGGUCCUCAAGAUAGCGAGAGAACAGCAGUAGUAGCUUUGCUAGAUGAAGAUUUAACUCUUCACAGGGCUUACAUGUCUCCUGAAGAUGUAAGUGAUGUUCAGAAUUCUUUGGCUGAUGAUUAUGCUUCAGAUCUUCCUCACAUGGUGGAGAGUCAUUGCAUCAGCGAAAAGUUGUCACCUGAAUCUCAGGACCCUUUAAUUUCAGAGGAGAUUUUGCUUUAUCCAGAUGAGGUUUCCAAUGCUGAACCUUUGGGUGAUCCUGAAGAUAGGGAAGAUGAAGAUUUAACUCUUCACAGGGCUUACGUGUCUCCUGAAGAUACUAGCGACGUUGAAAAAUCUUCAGCGGAUGAUUAUGCUUCAGAUCUUCCUCACAUGGCGGAGAGUCAUUGCGGAAGACAAAAAUUAUCACUUGUAUCUCAGGACCCCUUAAGUUCUCAAGUGCUUUAUCCAGACGAGGGUUCCACCGCUGAAAAUGAUUUAGGCACUGCAUACCCACCUUUGCGUUCUACAGAGGUCAACUUGGCUGAACCUUGCGGUAUCUAUCAGGAAAGAACUCAGCAACAUGAUGGGACCAUGUUGGCCUCUGAGGAUAUUUAUAUGGUUGACCAGGAAGCCGAUCCUGAAAAUCUUGAUAACAAUUCAGGGUCGCUAGAUGUUCCAGAUGCCACUAUGACGGAUAGUCUUCGAGGGGCAGAGAUAGUAACAUCUGAGAUACUUUAUGAUGGCAUGUUCAGUUUUGAGGGGACGUUAAUAUCUCUAGAUGGUGACACCAUUGCUGAGGAGGAUUCUCCUAACAAGUCAGGUUCUGGUAUGCACACUGCACAGGCCAACACAACAAGUCUCCUUGGUCUUCAAGAAGGAUCUUUGAAGCUAGAACAUGAAAAGGCAGUUAAUUCUAUUGUCACAUAUGAGGUUGAUACCAAAGAAACAAGUAGCUCAAAUCGUGGUAAUUCCAGCUCCGCUUUAACUCGCCAUGACAUCAGCUUCAUGGAGGCUCCCCAGGAAUGCCAUAUUCAUUCUGAAAGUGAAAAAGUUUCCGCCAAGGAUAAGGAACCAAAAGAAGACGGUGAAUCUAAUGACAUGAAAGAGGAUGUAGAAGACUUGGAUGACGACCGUGAGCAUAAGCCUGUUGGCACUUUUUGGGUAGAUGAAAUUACAUCUGCUCUGGUACCAAAGCCUUCUGUUGAACUUUCUGCAAAUGAUGUUUCUAGGAGAGAUUCUGCCAUAGGAACAAGCAAUGAUUUUGAUAUGGCGGUGAGGAAACCAGUAGUCACAAUCAGUAAUAGCAAUGGGAGCAGUACUGUGUCCGAGCCAGCUGACGUGCAGUACACUGGAUCGAUUGAUGAGACUGAAACACUUGGUGCCCCCCUACCUUCGGCCGUUGCUGCUGAAUAACCUCAGAAGCGCAUCUAAAUGCUUCCAACUGGAGCUGGUUAUGUUUUUUUUUCUCGGAAAGCUUCUAAUACUGGAGAUUGGAGAAAUGCAAUAAUCAAAGUUUGAGUAAGCACUAUUCUUAUUAGUUUUGUGUGGUCAGGGAAAGAAGUUCAGUACAUGGUGUUCUUGUACAAAGUGAUACGAGAGAAGUACAAAAUCUAGGGGUGAAAAUGGAGUCGCCUCUGGAUUGAGUUUGUUUGCGUUUGGAGUGAAAUUGUCCUAGUUCUUGCUUUUUUCCAUCAAGAAUCUAGGAUUUGUCAAAAGACAAGGCUAUCUUUCAGAGUGUUUUUCUCUUUUUUUACAAUUUGGCUGAAGUUGGUUAUGCAUACACAUGUAUAGUUCUGUAUAUCUAGGUAAUAUACUGCCAUGAGUAGAUCUUUUAGGCAGUAAUACUUUACAUGAGUGCCUCAUUUUUGCCCCUUUUGUGUACGAGUUGAAGGGCAUUGGAUCUUUGUAAUUUUUGUAUGUAAUAUACACAAACAAUAGAAGUUCCCAUUUUGGUAAUGAGUACAGAAGAGAGAUAAUCUGCUAGUGGACUUUAAGUUGGUACAGCA